UCCCACACUCUUUCUGUACGUAUGUACGUCAAUUUGCCUGAGGUCACGUAAGGCAUUUAACCGUACAUUUUUCUCACGCCGCUCACUCGUCUUAGCCGCGGUCGGUCUGGGAGCUAAUCUGGUAUUCUAAGUAAAUCGGAUUGAAUGGUGAAUGGAAAUGGAGAAACGGUGGUUGUCCUCACUACUCUUCAUGUGCAUUUUCUCUUUAUACUGUGCCUCUGCCGAUAACGGCGGCGUGAAGAAAUUAAAGAUGCAGUUUGCAACGGGACCACUUCUCAAAUUUCAAAUCUGUAUCUCCUGAGGGUACAAGCGGGUGUUUGAGGAGUAUACGCAGGUCCUGAACCAGCGGUACCCAGACAUCCGCAUAGAGGGGGAGAACUACCUGCCCCUGCCCAUCUACCGACACAUAGCUUCCUUCCUGUCCGUGUUCAAGCUGGCUGUUAUUGGGCUGAUUAUUCUAGGCAAGGACCCGUUUGCCUUCUUUGGUAUGCAAGCCCCUGGCCUGUGGGUCUGGGGUCAGGAAAACAAGAUCUAUGCUUGCAUGAUGGUGUUCUUCCUCAGCAAUAUGAUUGAGAACCAGUGUAUGUCUACGGGUGCCUUUGAAAUCACAUUUAAUGAUGUCCCAGUGUGGUCCAAGUUGGAGUCGGGUCACCUGCCCUCCAUGCAGCAGUUGGUCCAGAUUCUGGAGAAUGAGAUGAAGCUCAACGUCCACAUGGACGCUCUCCCGCACCAACGCCCCUAACCAGGCCUGCUGUGGACGGGGAUCCUGACCUUUUGUUGGAGGUGGGCGUGUUCACGGGCCGUGAGACGAUGUCUAUGAAGGUCUGCGCUCAAGGCGGGCUGACUGCAGGCGCAGGCUGGAUGUCCCGAAUCGUCACUCACUGCGCCUUGGGACCCGCCCCCCCCACCACAGGGUGGGGCCCACAGCUCCACAACGGCCAUCUAUACUGCAUUUCCUCACAUCUUGAUGCAACUACCAUGCUCUCUUUCACAAGACUACGCAAUAGCUGGAGCUCAUAUGUAAAUUGGCAAUUGUAUUUUGUGUUUGCAGAUUCAGGAGGCAAAAUCAAGCAGAGACAGGAUUGUGAACAUUUAAUUUAACUUAAUGUUUUAUUUGAAUAUGUAAAAAACAUAGAUUCUAUCUGUAUUUUUAAUAUUUCUUUUGUAGCAUACAGUGCAACAAAAACAAAUGAUUAUGAAGUGGAAUACGUCUACCAGGGAAUUCAUGCUGUGUACAUUCCCCAGGCAGCAUGGGUCACAAGGAAAGUUUAUUUUAAAAAUCUGUUCAAAGUGUGAUAUGCAAAUAGGUCAUCCUAUUAAAUUUUGAGAUUGCAAUUUCACUUGAGAGUUUGGACACAUUGUGCAAGGAGGUAGCUAUGUCGUGAGGUCAUCUUUUAAUGGUCACUCUCGGGUGGGUGAACGUUUUCAGUUUUGUGUGAGAACUGAAAAAGAUACAGAAGACAGGCAUUUCUCAUCUGAAUCGUAAGAAUGUCAUGCAUAGUGGUGGAUCUGAAUUUCUAUGUCGCGUGUUGCAUUGACAUACUGCGUGUUCUUUGGUACCAACGCCGAUUGUUUCAGUGCAUCAUAGGGAUUGCAUUUCAUCACUGAUUAGAUCACAUCGUAUGCCUGCAGUGCAAACACCCUUUGCUUGGGAAAACUGAAUUAUAUCUUUGUAACUUGAUUAUCUACUUUCUUUUACAUGAAAGGGACCAUUAGUAUGUGUUUAGACCAAAGUGAAGUGGCUGUGUAAGGCCACAUCUUUUUCUAGCAUUGAUUACUCUGUUGUGUUUUAUGGAGCGUAAUGGUAGUUUUUCCCCUCAAGUAAAUCACCUUAAAAUAAUUUGAUAAUUUGCCAUCUGUUAUGAUGAAUUAUAAUUACUUUGCAUUUAGUAUGUGACCAGUACUGUUAUGUAUUUAACCAACAAGUCCAGACUUAACCAGAUCAAUUCCAGGAGCAUAGCUAAAGGGCAACUCAGUGUACCCUUCAGGGCAGUGGUUCCCACACUUGGUCCUGGGUUUUUUACUCUUCAGUCUGCAUAAUUAUUUGUGACAUAACAUGACCAGUCUGCAUUAAGUGUUUAAGUACAAUUAGCAGCGUAUCAAAAUGUACAGUUUUUAUGAUGACCGGCAUAUACAGUGGAUCCGCAGAACCGCGUGUAAGAACCAUUACAGGUUUAGUCUUUCGCAGCCAUGUGAGAGUUUUGACACGGGGUUGACGAGAGAGGGAUUUGAACUGCCUCAAUUUUGGGUCUUCCAAGAUGUAACUGCGUAGUCAUCUGACGUGUAAUUGAUGUUCGUAUGAAAUUCGUUAAAUUUAUUAGACAAACUACGUAUUCUAUUGGCAUAAAUGUUUUAUAUAUUGACACGUUCGGUGAGAAAUGAGAAUGGCCUAUUUAUUUUCCGUUUCACAUAACGUGCAUAUGCCCUUGAUGUGCUUUCCUGCCUGAGGCGCAUGCAAAUGUUAUGUAAACAUUUUUUUUUUAAGUUAAUUGAAAUUAAAGUUUUAAGGAUUUUUUUCACAUAUUUGUCAAUGCCGUCCGUCUCAUUUUAGCAUGAAGAAAGAGGUUGCGAAUGCCGUUCAGAUGUUAUAUAAUAAUAUAUGCUCCUGAAAUAGCAUUUCUUUAGUUACUCGGUUGUCAUAUUGAUUACUAAAUGUUAUAGUAUAUGUAUGCGAAUUGUAAUAUUGGCAAUAAACUUGUUCCACUGGA